AUGACUGCAGAAGCGCAGCAGGCUCUGUCCUCUCAGCCCCCUCCUCCUCCUCCUCCGGUGCAGAGCAGUUACGGCCCCAUGUCCUCCGUGGCCGAGAAGCAGCCGCAGAGCUCGGCCAUGGACGCCUCCUCCUCCGCGGCCCCCGGCGGGGCGAGCGGCAGCGCCACGGGCAGCGGGGGGGCCCCGGGCAGCAGCGGUCCCAAAGCGAAGAAAACCAACGCAGGGAUCCGGCGGCCGGAGAAACCGCCUUAUUCUUACAUCGCCCUCAUCGUCAUGGCCAUCCAGAGCUCGCCCUCCAAGCGCCUGACCCUCAGCGAGAUCUACCAGUUCUUGCAGAGCCGCUUCCCUUUUUUCCGAGGCUCCUACCAGGGCUGGAAAAACUCGGUGCGCCACAAUCUCUCGCUCAACGAAUGUUUCAUCAAGCUGCCCAAGGGGCUGGGACGCCCGGGCAAGGGCCACUACUGGACCAUCGACCCGGCCAGCGAGUUCAUGUUCGAGGAGGGCUCGUUUCGCCGCCGACCCCGCGGUUUCAGGAGGAAAUGCCAAGCGCUGAAGCCCAUGUACAGCAUGAUGAACGGGCUCAGCUUCAACCACCUCCCCGAGAGCUACGGCUUCCAGGGCUCGGCCGGCGGGCUCUCCUGCCCCCCCAACAGCCUCUCCCUCGAAGGGGGCUUGGGGAUGAUGAACGGGCAUUUGUCCAGCAACGUGGAGGGGAUGGGCCUGGCCGGACACUCUGUGCCCCACCUGCCCGCUAACGGUGGGCACUCCUACAUGGGCAGCUGUACCGGCUCCUCGGCGGGGGACUACCCGCACCACGAGAGCUCCGUGCCCGCCUCCCCCCUGCUCGCCGGCGGCGGGGUGAUGGAGCCCCACUCGGUUUAUUCCAGCUCGGCCUCUGCGUGGGCUCCCUCCGCCUCGGCGGCCUUGAACACGGGCGCGUCCUACAUCAAGCAGCAGCCCCUCUCGCCCUGCAACCCCACCGCCAACCCGCUCUCCUCCAGCCUCUCCACGCACUCUCUCGACCAGUCCUACCUGCACCAGAACAGCCACAACACCGCCGAGCUGCAAGGCAUCCCGCGGUAUCACUCCCAGUCUCCGAGCAUGUGCGACAGAAAGGAAUUCGUCUUCUCUUUCAACGCCAUGGCCUCCUCCUCCAUGCAUUCAGCGGGCAGCGGCUCCUAUUACCACCAACAAGUGACAUACCAGGACAUCAAGCCGUGCGUUAUGUGAUACGGGGCGGAAAAAAACCCCACCUCCUGGGGCCGGCAAGGCCUGACCCGAGCACCCCCCCAGGACCCUCUCGGUGGAAAGGGGGGGUUGGGGUCUCUCUGCAGACUGGUUUUAUUCUGGAGGUAUCCCCGGGAGGGGACCCCGGGGCUGAGCCUGCCCCGCCGCUGAGCAUCGGCCGGACCCGGCCUCCACCCAUGGGUCCUUCAUCACCGACGGUCUCUGCCUUCUUCUGCUUCUUCGCUCGGGGUUGGGUUGAAAAAAGAGCCACGGCAGCCCCCCCCACCCCCGCGAGAACCCCGACUGCGAGUUUGGGUCAAGGGUUUGAAAGCAAAACAACACAACAACAACCCAAGGGUUUGAUGCUUCUUAAACAAAACGAAUGACAUUCAGUUACUAACUCGGUUUCGCGGUUGGCGUGGAGCGGUGCCCCCGGUCCGGUGGGGAGGAGCAGAACUGGAUCGGGCUGGGAAGGACCCCGACCCCGAGCCUGGCUCAUCCCGUGGACCCUCCGCCGUGCCCCGCGGGGAGGAGCGGAGACACCGCGGGGAGGAGCGGAGACACCGCGGGGGUCCCUCAGCCCUCCCGGUCCCGUCUGACUUCGAGCCCGUUCUUCCCAAAAAUUCCUUCUUUUUUCUUUCUGUUUUUUUGGAUGGCGAACACCCAGCGGGCAAAAAAAAAAUCUCUGGAGGGGAUUUUAAUUUUUUUUUAGCCAUUGGUUUGGUUUUAGUUUUGUUUUUGUUUCUUUUUCCCUGUGUAAAGACUGCAGGAUCAGACCCUAUGCAGAGAGAAUAAGGCACUUUGAGAAGAGACAGCCAUGCUCAUUCUGUUAUUUAUUCUACAUUUUGUUGUUGUUGUUGUUGCUAAUAAUCGAGACACGAGCAGUCUCAGUUGAUCAGUAUUAAAUCGGUGAAUCUCCGUUGGCAAUAUUUGCCAUAUAGAUAUUUUUGGGGUUUCUUUUUUUGUAGUUAACCUUUGUAAAUUUUAAAACCGAUCGUGGUCUCUGUGUAAAGACAAUCCUCCAUAUGUUUUUAUAGAAAUAUAUAUAUAAUGAAGGAUUAUUCCCCUCCCCUCUAUAUUUUUUUUCGCCCUGACUUUGUACAGUUUGUUGACACCUAUUUUAAUUCUUUCUGCACUGUAUAAAAUUGUAAUUAUGUGGGGGUUUUUUUUGUCUAUUUUUUUGUUUGUGUACGUUUUGUCCCUAAAAAAACCCAACAACCCCCCCCCCCCAAAAAAAAAAAAAUCGAACCGAAAUAAAACAUGUAUGUUAUUUGUA